CGGCCGCGCCAGGCGGGGCUCCCGGGCGUGGAAGCGGCGGCGGGUCCGGCUACCGGGUUCAGAGCGCGGAGCCGGGCGGCGCGGCGGCAGCGGGGCACCAGCCAUGGCGGGCUGCUGCGCGGUGCUGGCGGCCUUCCUGUUCGAGUACGACACGCCGCGCAUCGUGCUCAUCCGCAGCCGUAAAGUGGGGCUCAUGAACCGGGCGGUGCAGCUGCUCAUCCUGGCCUACAUCAUCGGCUGGGUGUUUGUGUGGGAAAAGGGCUACCAGGAAAUGGACUCUGUGGUCAGCUCCGUUACUGCCAAAGCCAAGGGUGUGACCACGACCAACACUUCUAAACUUGGAUUCCGGAUCUGGGAUGUGGCCGAUUACGUGAUUCCAGCUCAGGAGGAAAACUCCCUCUUCAUCAUGACCAACAUGAUCGUCACCAUGAACCAGACCCAGGGCCUCUGUCCUGAGAUUCCAGAUAAGACCACUGUGUGUGAAUCUGAUGCCAACUGUACUGCUGGCUCUGCAGGCACCCACAGCAAUGGAGUUGCGACAGGAAGGUGCGUGCCGUUCAAUGAGACCAUGAACACAUGCGAGGUGGCAGCCUGGUGCCCGGUGGAGGAUGACACACAAGUGCCAACGCCUGCUUUUUUAAAGGCUGCAGAAAACUUCACUCUUUUGAUUAAGAACAACAUCUGGUAUCCCAAAUUUAAUUUCAGCAAGAGGAAUAUCCUUCCCAACAUCACCACUACCUACCUCAAAACGUGCAUUUAUGACGCUAAAACAGAUCCCUUCUGCCCCAUAUUCCGACUUGGCAAAAUAGUGGAGAACGCAGGGCACAGCUUCCAGGACAUGGCUGUCGAGGGAGGCAUCAUGGGCAUCCAGAUCAAAUGGAACUGCAACCUGGACAGAGCCGCCUCCCUCUGCUUGCCCAGGUAUUCCUUCCGCCGCCUGGACACCCGGGACGUGGACCACAACGUGUCCCCAGGCUACAAUUUCAGGUUUGCCAAGUACUACAACGACCUGACCGGCACCGAGCACCGCACACUCAUCAAAGCCUACGGCAUCCGAUUCGACAUCAUCGUGUUUGGAAAGGCUGGGAAAUUUGACAUCAUCCCCACCAUGAUCAACAUUGGCUCCGGCUUGGCGCUCUUAGGGGUGGCUCGACCCUCCAGGCUUAUUUCCCUUCCCCAUCCCUGCCUGCUUCCUCCUGCCUUUCUCCAAGACCACGCCCCUCGGGCCCUAACCUUUUCCCCCGGAGAGAUGGAGGAGCCUUUCAUUUCCUUGGAAGAUCCCAGGCUUUGUGGGAAGGGGCACACACAGAAUAAUAGGGGCCAAAGCAUCCUGUGCUACAUUCAGGCGACAGUGCUGUGUGAUGUCAUAGUCCUCUACUGCAUGAAGAAAAGAUACUACUAUCGAGAGAAGAAAUAUAAAUAUGUGGAAGACUACGAGCAGGGUCUUGGGAGUGAGACAGACCAAUGAUGCCCACCCCACACCUGGGCUUUCCUUGGCCCUCAUCAGAGCACAGCAAGGAGGGAGAAAAGGCUGCCUGCCAUGUCACCCCAGAGGAAGUUCCAGAUUCUGAGUCAGUCUCCACAAGUACUGCAGGGUUGCCCAGCUGCUCUCAUGUCUUGUGUGUAGGGUUUGCAUAGUAAACCACUAUGCACAUUGGUCACCUUCUGUCUGUGGCUGGGUCACCUUCUGUCUGUGGCUGGGUCACCUCCUGUCUGUGGCUGGGUCACCUCUGCUGUUCCUUCUAUUUGGGGUCACUGGGGCAAGCUCUGGCCCGAGGGCGGUGAAGUGGCUGUGGCUACAGGGCCGGGGCCUUCUCCAGGGCCGGGUCUCCUCAGAAGCUCCCAUCUCCAGCCCCCUUCGAGACAGGCCCAGUCCUCCGAAGCCCAGCAGCUCCACUCAAGCACUGUAUAAGGAAGGCGGGACACCUGGCUGUGCUUGUAGCUCUUCGGCACAUGCGGGCUGCUGUUCCUCUCCCCCAACCAGAGGCUUCAACCACGAGAUCAUGAGGCGGAGCUAGUGUUUUUCCUUUGAGAAGAGCUACGUUGAGAUGAUUGAGGACCAAAUAUUAAAACAAAUGAUUUUCUUAA